GUCAGAUGUGAUCCUGCAGCUUCUCGGUGCGCGUGAACUCUGCGCGCGCGCACGCACACUACCUGCGGCUCAGGUAAACUCACAGGAAGAGUCAGAAACAAACCGCGUCCAAUAACCAGGAGGAGUGUGUGUGUGUGUGUGUGUGAGAGAGUGUGUGAGUGAGUGUGUGUGUGUGUCUGUAUGUAUGUAUGUAUGUGGGCAGUGUGUGUGUGUGUGAGCGCGGUUUUAUGGAGUGUUAAUAAUAAUAAACACGGACAGAAGGUGUGUUUAAGAAAGAAAAAGAAAUCGCUUGAAUCACAAAAACACACUUCCGCCAUCGGAAUCGCCGCGAGCGCGAACUGAGCACAACACCAGAGUUCCUGUCGAGUCUAUGAGGUCCUGACUGAAGUGUACAAUGCCUGAACACAGCACCGGGACCAAACACAAGUCCCGCCCACACUCGCACAGGUCGGGACGCUGCAGGUCUGAGUGUUACAGGUCGAGUCGAUCCGGUACUAGAGACAACUCGAGUAAUCAGGACUUUUACCAAGAUCAUCACACCAUCAAGCAGGAGUCGUACAGGAACCAACGCAACACCAAUCAGGACUCGUACCAACAUCACUACACUGAUAUUUCUCAGAUCAUUGAGCCACAGCUGCCCCACAGUUCACCACACUACGCUAAAACCACCAUAAUUUCAUAUCGGGAGAAUCACACCACCGAUCACGGUUCAUACAGAGAGAAUCACAAAACAACUCAGGAUUCAUUCCGGAAUCACCAAACAGCUACUCAACACUUUUACCAUGAUAAUCAGGAACUUUAUCACAACCACACGCCCAGUCCAGAUCGCAAAAUGUCCCAGGAUUCAUGCCGGAAUUAUUAUUCCAGCAGUCAGCACUUUGCUCAUCCUCCACGUGCCAUCAUUAUCGACACCCAGCCGUCCCAAAGCUGCUCUAACGGACUGAUCCCAAGUGCUCCUUGUGGCUCAUGUUCCUGGUCAGACUGUCGAGCUCUGAUCUGCUGCAUCCUCACCUGUGGCUUUUAUGGCCGUCAGCAGCCCUGCGUUCCCCCCAAUGAGAGUUCCACCGACCCACCACCCAAAUCCGAGUCUGAACCACACCGUGCCGAGCCCAAAUCCGAGCCCAAGACCACUCACCUGCCAAGUUCUGGAAGUUUCCGUUAUGGAGAUGUCUACUUAGCAGGAAAGAAGGUAGUUUACUCGCCAAACUCUGACGCUCCGGCUCGACGCGGCAGAUCUACCACAAAAGGCGAGAGUCAAAGACCCAUUAGCAACACUAGCAUUUACUCCAGAGAGGAUCUGGACGUGGAUGAAGUGGAUGAUGGAGGCACUGAUAUAGACUCACUAAUCACCAAGAAGCUUCUAGAGCUUUAUAAACUGCACCAAAUCGAGCAGCUAGCCAAGUGCACAUCAGACCUGUCCUUCUCACGCAAGACGAAUGAGAUCAGCGACCUGAUCAACAGUAUCGCUCAGGACUACAACCUGGAGGAGCAGGAGGCCGAGUGCCGGCUCGUCCACGGCGUCAUACGCAUCAGCACACGCAAGUACAAGUCUCAGACUUCUAAAGGCUAUAAAAGCAAAGACCACAAAUCCCAGGAUGUAUUGCUGCAGCCAAAUGGGAGGAGGGAUGGGACACUGCCGGACAGUGGCAAUGAAACCAUGACCUUUACCUUCAGCACUGAUGAACCGGAGAUGCUGGUAUCUGAUCUGACGCCAUCUGAUGUACUGGCGAGGAAGAUGCGAGGACACAGCAGCCGAAGUGCGUAUUCCUCAGGAAUGGCCACGGACUCCUCUGCAGAACCGCUGCUGUGCUGACGACGUUGACGCUUGACGGAGACUCAGACGGGUUGUAGACACUGCCAGGCUCGAUCAAAGCGCCGAUUACAGACCAGACGUCUGCAUUAAUGACUAUUUGAAUUACAUACUUAUUGAAGAGGUCACUGCAAUAUUAAACACCAAACAGAGGUAUUAUAGAGACUUACAGCUGGAUUAAACACACCUUAUAGAUGGCAGAUCUUUAGAGACAGAUCUGUAAUAUAAAUCGCAUUGCCAGAUUAAACACCUCAGAACAGGGUUAGAGAUGAUUUUCAGCUCAAGCAGAUUAUAGAGGACAGGAGGAUUAAACUGGAACUGCACACCUGGAUUAAACACCUCACUGUGGUCUGAAGAAAACACCGGGAUGGGUCCAGGAUCUUCUUACCCAAUUGUAGAGCAUUGUCAUCCUGAGUCUUGUCCACGUUGUAGAUCAGCUGUCUGGAUUAUAGAUUAGAGACGACACAGCUGGAUUAAAGACGUUUUGACAGGAAUUACAGAUGUGUGUGUGAUGGAUUCAACACCCACCAAUAAGAGAGGAUGCUCCUCCAGAUGGAUUACUGACACUGAUCUGAAGCUCUGCCUGGAUUUUUUCUUUUGUGUUUUAUCAGAUGGAGGAUGUGUGUGGGUGUGUUGGAAUUGAACUCACACUCCAUAGUUGUGAUUAUCCUGUAAAAAGUGUCCUGUGGU